GUGAAAAAAUAAAUAAAUAAAAAGUGUUUUCUGUUCAGGCACGAUGUAGUCAGUCCUCACAGACCCGGAAGUGACGUGUCGUGUAACGUCAGCAGCACCAGCAACAACAGCAGCCGAAAUGAAGCUGGACUCAAACGAUGAUGACGAUGUGGCUUUAUUUGAUGCCGAAGAAGAUUCAGCCACAAGAAAGAACAAAAUCAAGCAUCCGGUGGCGUCGUUCUUCCAUCUGUUCUUCCGGGUCACUGCCAUUCUGGUUUACCUGCUGUGUGGGUCAGUGGGGGGAUCCUUCAUCGCCUGUAUGGUCACCAUCAUCCUCCUCCUGUCAUGUGACUUCUGGACGGUGAAGAAUAUUACCGGCCGUCUGAUGGUGGGUUUGCGCUGGUGGAAUCAAGUGGAUGAUGAUGGAAAAAGCCAUUGGGUGUUUGAGUCCAGAAAGGCCAGCGGGAACCAGUCUUCAGCAUCCCGCUCCUCAAACGCAGAGUCUCGUAUCUUCUGGCUGGGUCUGAUCGUCUGUCCCGUCGUCUGGGUCAUCUUCGCUUUCUUCACGCUCGUCUCCUUUAAGAUCAAGUGGCUGGCCGUGGUGAUUUUGGGAGUGGUGUUGCAGGGAGCCAAUCUCUACGGAUACGUGCGCUGUAAAGUAGGAGCCAGAACCAACCUGAAGAACAUGGCCACAAAUUACUUUGGGCGGCAGUUUCUUAAACAGGCUUUCACAAAACAAGAGGAGUCUUAGGAAGGAGCUUCUUCAGACCUUCAGAACUCUCACCGUGAACUUUUAAUCUUAUAUUUUUUUAAGACCGCUUUAGAAACUAUUACGGAUUUGUGGGUUGUUGGAUUUUUUUUUGCAUGUGUUUGACAUGCAUUUAACUUCUUUUUAGCUUCUGUUUGAUAUCUAACUAACUUAAAGUGUUCAGAGUAUGUAUUUUGUUUUAUUAUAUUGCAUGGCAUCAUGCAUUAUGCCUCCGUUUUGCAGACAGUGACAGGAACAAAUGUACAUAUUUAUAUACUGCUGUAAAUUACUGUAUACUUUCUGUAGUUAAUUUUAUGGACGUUGAUGACUGAUUGAUUGAUUGAUUGAUUGAUUGAUUGAUUGAUUGAUUGAAUCCCAUGUUCACUGAAAUAAAUGGAGUUUGGAGCCACCCUGAAUCUCUGGCUGGUGAAGUCAGCCACAAACACCACAGCAUUAAAACCUGUCAAAAUCAAAGUCCCUUUCAUACUUCUCAAAAUUACAAAUUCCUCUUCGCUUUAAAAUUUAAAUCAUUUUGUUUUUAUUUUUUGUAUGAUAUGUUGAUUGUCAAAAUAAACUUAUGACUUAUAAACUUA